AUGAAGGAUGAGAUUGAGAAGAAUAUGGUUACUAAAGGGAAAUUACCUAGAUUUCCUGCUCAGUUUUGGAUAGAGAAAGCUCUCACCUUUUCAAAAGAAAGAAAGGAAGAUGACUUUGAAGCUGUAUUUUCCCUACUGGUUUAUGGAUUGUUAUUGUUCCCAAAUAUUGACAACUUUGUUAAUAUGAAUGUCAUCAAAGUCUUUAUGAAAGGAAACCUUGUUCCUACUUUGCUUGGGAACACUUACUACUCCAUUCAUUUGAGGAAUUACUAUGGAAAGGGAAUGAUCACAUGUUGUACUCCUUUGUUAUACAAGUGGUACAUCUCUCAUUUUCCAAAUACCAAUGAUUUGUGGGACCUUCAAGAAGGACAAAGGUUGUCUCAAAAGAUCAUGACUUUCACCAACACUGAUAUUGAUUGGACCAACAACUACUUUUGUAGAAUGAAGACCCUAGAUAGCUAUGGUAAUUUCCCCAAUGUACAUCUUCUUCGUAUAAAAGGAGGAACCAAUUAUAGCCCUAUUCUAGCUCGUCGUCAAUUUGGGUUUCCUAUGGACAAAAGACCAAGGAAUAUCUUAUUGGAUGGAUUUUUCCUUGAAGAGGGAAUAGAGGACAAAGACUUUAAAGAAAUGACUGCUAAUGCUUGGCAUCCAAGUCAUAGAAAAGAAAUCAAAGAUUGUAAAACAAAAGGGGAUCUCUCACCUCAGCCUUUUGUGGAAUGGAUUAGUUCAAGAGCUGCUGAACUUAGGGUGCCUUAUCUCCCUGAGACAUCUUCACCUCCUAUUGAAAAACCAGUUGCACGUGUUGUUUCUCCUCCAAUAAUGGAAGAUCUCCAAUUAGAUCUAAAGAAGAUGAAGAAAUCACGAGAGUUUUAG